AUGUCUUCCUACAGACACAUGAUCAGCUCCCGCUGCCUUGCACCCUGCGAAGUGACCUGCCCGCAGCCAAUUGCGAAUGCCUGGAGCCAGCCCUGUGUUACGUCCUGUGGUGAUUCAAGAGCUGUGAUCUACCCACCACCCGUGGUCAUGACCUUCCCAGGACCCAUUCUCAGCUCCUGCCCUCAGGAGAGCAUAGUGGGCAGCUCAGCACCAUCCAGCACUGGGAGCUUGUUUGGAUCCAGUGGCUCCUAUGGCUCUAGGAGCUUAUACAAUUAUGGGAGGUCUUACUCUUCCUAUGGAUCCAGUGGUUAUGGUUUUGGGAGCUGCAGACCGUGUUAA